AUGGCGAAUUCUCUCGCCCGCAUGGUCAAGGGCCAGGUCCGAUGCUACUCCGCACCAUUGGACAUGGCCAUUCCGGCCUCCAAGCAGCGCUACAUCCCCACGAGCGGCACCUACCCCCAAGGAUUCCAAGUUUCCGGUACCCACGUCGGUGUCAAGGCAUCCAACACCCGGUUUCCGGAUCUGGCGCUGAUCUCGUCGGAGACGCCUUGCUCCGCCGCCGCGGUGUUCACCACGAACAAGUUCCAGGCUGCUCCAGUGCAGGUUAGCAAGAAGACACUGGCCAGUCGGAAAGGAGAUGGAAUUCGAGCUGUCGUUAUCAACUCCGGCUGUGCCAAUGCCGUCACUGGAAAGGGUGGAUUGGAGGAUGCCGUUGCGAUGGGAAGAAAGGUCGAUGAGUGCAGCGGCGUCGAGAACGACAGCUCACUGGUCAUGAGCACUGGUGUCAUUGGACAACGUCUGCCCAUCACCAAAAUCCUCGACCGCAUCCCAACCGCGCACAGCACCCUCGCCUCCACUCACGAAGCCUGGCUCACCACAGCCCGCGCAAUCUGCACAACAGACACCUUCCCCAAGCUCCUCUCGCGGACAUUCACCCUCCCCUCCUCAAACCGCACCUACAGCCUAGCAGGUAUGACCAAAGGCGCCGGCAUGAUCCAUCCCAACAUGGCGACUCUCCUGGGCGUCCUGUGCACCGACGCCCCUGUCGAGUCCGCAGCCCUGCAGUCAAUCCUCAAGCACGCCGUCAACCGCUCCUUCAAUUCGAUCUCUAUUGACGGCGACACGAGCACGAACGAUACUAUCGCCGUGCUGGCCAACGGCGCCGCUGGCGGCGAGACCGUUCGCGAGCCUACCGCCGCUCCUAGCGCGGAUUAUACUGCUCUCAAGGGUGUGUUUACUGAUUUCGCACAGGAGCUAUCGCAGCUUGUUGUUCGGGACGGUGAGGGCGCGACUAAGUUCGUUACUGUUCGUGUGCGCAACUCGUCGGACUAUGACUCUGGGCGGUUGAUUGCUUCUACCAUUGCUCGCUCGCCGCUUGUCAAGACUGCGCUGUACGGUAAAGAUGCGAACUGGGGGCGCAUUCUGUGCGCUGUUGGGUAUACGCAGGGUGUUGCUGAGGGCGUUGUUGUUCCUGAGCGCACUUCAGUCAGUUUCCGGCCUGUUGACGGUAGUGAGACGCUGAAGCUCCUUGUUGAUGGCGAGCCUGAGAGUGUCGAUGAGGAGCGGGCUAGUGCUAUUCUUCAGAAUGAAGAUCUUGAGAUUGAGGUUGAUCUUGGUGGUGGUGAGCAGGGUGCUGCUGGCUGUGGUGGUGAGGAUGCUGUCUAUUGGUUCUGUGACUUCAGUCACGAAUAUGUGACUAUCAACGGUGAUUACCGGACUUAA